CAUCUCAACAACAGCGCCGUGCGCGCCCAGACAGGCGCUGGAUUUAGCAGUGCUCGGGAACGCGCAGGAUUUAUCAUGUCCUUCAGGUUGAGUCUCCUGUGACACACGUGAUCAAAUCUUCAUCAUCAUAUCUAUCAUCAUCAUCGUCUUUAACACCUCUUCUCCUACGCGCGUGCGUGUCUGUAUGUGUGUAUGAUGCGCGUACUCGUCUUCUGCACGGUGGUGUGUGUAUUACUCGCCGAAGUGAGAUGUCUCCCUCUGGUGGAUGUGAAGCAGGCUGCAGGUGAAUGUGGUCCUCAUGAUGUCACUACUCAGACGAGCAGAGCGCACACAGGGUGUGAUGUACAGGAGACAGAUGAUGUUCUGAACGCUAAAGAGAGACACGAGGGUCUUCUGAGAGAAUUACAGGAACUAGCAGAACACGAAAGCGAGAGAGAGAGAGAUUAUGGCCGUGACGUAGACGACGGGUUUGAACAGAAGGACACUGACGGAGAGGAAGAUGAGCGCGUGAUAAAGAAGGAGCAGAACGAGAGAGAUCUGGAGGAGCUGCUGGAGACGAGCGACAGAACGCAGGAUGAAGGAGAAGAAAAGAUGGAGACGGAGGAGCUGAUGACGGAGGUACAGAAGGUGAAGGAGGAGCUGAAGCUGCUGGAGGAGAAGGAGGAGAACGACACACAGAGCAGGAACAGAGAGCAGGAGAAACAUCAGAAGAAGGAGGAACUGCAGGAGCUGCUGAAGAAGAUGAGUCAGGCCACGAAUCAGACACAACAGAAGAGAGAGAUGGAAAAUGCCAGCGAUGAAGCCACGCGACAGUUCGAGCGAGAGAGAGACAGACAGACGGAUGAAGAUGAGGAUGAGGAGCUGCUGGAGAUUGAAGCUGAAUUGAGAAAGGUGGCAGCAGAGCUUCGUCAACUUCACAGGGGUUAAAUGCACACACACACGUGUAUACUUGCAUCUGUGUGCAUAGCAAACUCAUCCACACAGACACACACACGGUCAUGAUCAUCACGUCAACUUAACGUUUGUCAAAUACCAUUCUUUUUGUCUUAGAUGUAAGACGCUAUUACUGUCAAAACAUUUAGAGGCGGAUUCACGAACAGUAAAAUUAGGAUAUUAAGUCUCUGUUUUACAGACACGGUUUAAUACAGGACUUAUCUUAUUUAGUAUUUUUGUCUUGUUUCCCAUUACAAAUGUCUCAAACAAAUUGAAUCAAGAUGCAGUUUCUUGAUGAGCAAAAUGACUAAAAAGAAGCAAAAAAUCUGCCAAUGGGGUAAAAAAAGGAAUGUUAAAUUAAGGUUUACAUUUUUCUUAGUCUCUAAAUUCCAUAUUAUUUUUCUUACCCCAUUGGCAGAUUUUUUUUUUGCUCGUUUUAAGCACAAAUUCUGUGAAAUUUCUUUUUUUUUCUUAGGUGACCAAGAUUACCUAAGAAAACAAGUCAGUUUUUUGUCAAAUUUAGGGAAUUUGUGAAGAAAAAGAAAAUGUUUUGACUAAAAACAUUAAAGGUCAUUUUGCACAUCAAGGAAAUGCAUCUUGAUUCUUUUUGACAUUUGUAUUGGAAAGCAAGACAAAAAUACUAAGCAAGAAACUACUUUUUUAAGUGUAGUCCUUAGUCGAAUGAAGAUAUUUAUGUCGCUUUUAUAAAAAUACAUUACUGGUGCACAUGUCCAGAAAAAACAACAACAAUAAUAGAUUUUGUUUAAGGUGCCUUACAACCACCCAAGGCCACCGUACAUCAGAAGUCACAGAGAAGACAACAGCUAAUAUCAAUAUCAAUAUCAAUAAAACACAAAGAAGAAAAACAGUAGUUACGAAAAAAAAUGUCAGAGAAACCGCCAAUUAAAAAUAUGACUGACUAAAAUAACAAAAACUGUUCAAACUAGAAACACAUUCUUCAGUUUCACACACACACAAAGGCUGCGUCCGAAAUGGCCUACUUCUAUACUAUAUAGUAGGUGAAAAUGAGUAUGAUCACAAAUAGUAUGUCCGAAACCUCAGUAUGCACAAAACAGUAGGCGAGAAAUACCCGAAUGGUCUACUACUUCUGUCAAUAUUUCAAAAGUAAAUCAAAUAAAUAUAGUGGAAAACUUUAAGGGGGACGUCCGAUUUUAAUGUAAGUGGCAAUAAAUUAAUUUCUCGUGACUAAAUGUUGUUUUUAUCAACACUCACGUGUAGGAUGUUGUAAAUACGUCAUGUCAAAGAGCAUAAAUGCAUACGGGUCACACACAGUAUGUCCGUAUACAAUAUUCAUAUUACUCCCAUUCAUACUAUAUAGAACGUACUGUUUUGAAGGCCAAAGGAAGAUACUUAUUCAAAUUCAGUACGUACUGUCUCAGUAUGCCAUUUCUGACGCAGCCACACAUUCCCCGUUACAAUCCAAUGAAUCGCUUUCUGAACAAAAGUUUGUGCUUACAUAUUAUAUGUCUGUGUAGUAUUUUGAAUUAAUAAACACAUACAUAUACAUUCAUAUAUUCAAAAAAUAUGUACAAUACAUUUUUAUAAACGUUUAUUUUUAAUUUCAAUUAUUGGUAAAUGUAAAUAAAUACAUAAAUAUAUACAUGUAUGUUAAUGUUUGUGUGUUUAUAAAUACAAAAUGAAUAUGCACAGUACACAGACAUAUACUAUGUAAACAAAAACCGUUUGACAGCCCUAUAAAUUAGAUGCAUCUCUAAAUGAACAAAUGUAAGUAUAAAGGAAACAUUACACACGAUAAUAAUGAGUUAAUAAAUACUUUAAUGGAACGAGAGCUGUAUUUUGAUGUGUGUGACAGUUAUUGGCCACAAUGUUGUCUAGGCAACAACGGCGACUUCCGCUUCCUGUUCGUGUGUCCCAGUGUGUGGAGUCUCUUUUGCCAUGCACUCAAAAGUACAUACUAUUCCCUACACAUAACACUACCUACUAUUAGUGCAAGUAUAAGUAUGAGAAUUGAAACGCAGGGAGAUAAUCAGUCCGCGGGACGUAUCUCACGUGCCACGCCCAUUACUGACGUCACGCAGUUUAAACGUUCAUAGCUUCAUUCAUUUGAAUAUUGGUUGUAUUGUGAGGAAACACAUCAGUGAGUGUUAUAAUAAGUGUACUCGUGUAUAUAACUACAUGUGUUAUUGUGCUCUGGACUGUUACUGUAAACACAUUGUGCUCUGCUCGGCUGUGAACUGUUAAAACACAUUAAGACUGAUCUGAGAUCAGAACACAAAUCCUUUGACGUCAUGCUCAGAAUAUAACAGGGUUUGAUUAUUAAUACUUAAUAAUCUGCACAGAACAAUCACUGUUUGCACAGGAAACGCUUGUGUUCUUCUCUCUGUGUUGCACUUUUCUAUAAGCAAACAAUGAUCACACAACGCGGGUUCAGCAAUAACAGUUUUGUGAAAUCUCUUCAUAUUUCGUUUGACUGUAAGCAAUAGAUGAGCAGACAGUAAAUGAUAAUGAUGCUGUUUGUGUGUUUAAUAAAAGCUGCUGUGUGAACACACACACACACACACACACA